UUAUUCCUGCUCUGACCUUGAGCUGCUCCGGAUGUGCCGCAGCUUCUGAAACCUCUCCGCAGCGCAAGGAUUGAGCUGAAGCCCAAAUCAGAGCUCAGAGUGAGCAGGAGACUGCGAGUUGGUUGAAGAGCCUGGCUCAGAUCGCUGCUGUGUUAUUGGAGUGUUCCUCAUACUCCUAGCCUGUGCUGACUGAGGGACCUGCACAUUCCAGCCCCAGAUCCCAGCUGCUGGCCCCUGCACUACAUGGAGUUGUGGACCAGCUGAUCAUGUAGAGAGCUGCGAGGGGCGAGAACAUGACGGGAAAGUCGUUGUGCGCGUGUACCGGCCUUCAGCCUUGACCGGAGCUGUUCGUUCCCCCGACACCGCGGUGACCAACUCCCGACCCUUGUCCCGGCUCAGAGGAAAGUGAGUCGGUGCCGUACAGUGCCAUACAGCCAGCCAGCACCGGGCACCAGGCCUCGCCGGUCACACCGGGAGCCACCUCAGCACCAGGCGCCACCCAUCACCAGCGCCCGCAGGCAUGGGGGACGUCACGAACAGCGCCGUGGAUUUCCACGACAAGAACCAAAGAGACCACCCACACCAUGCCGGGGAGUUCGGCUGCUCCCUGGAUGAGCUUCGCUCCCUGAUGGAGAUGCGGGGGGCCGAGGCCGUGCAGAAGGUGCAGGACACGUACGGGGACAUCAACGGCUUCUGCCGGCGGCUGAAAACCUCCCCCACGGAAGGCUUGGCUGGAAAUCCUGCAGAACUUGAAAAAAGAAGACAAAUUUAUGGUCAAAACUUUAUACCUCCGAAAAAGCCAAAAACCUUCCUGCAGUUAGUGUGGGAAGCUUUACAGGAUGUGACACUCAUUAUCCUGGAGCUGGCAGCUAUCAUAUCCCUCGGACUCUCAUUCUAUCAACCCCCAGGAGAGAGCAGUGAUGCGUGUGGGAGUGCAGCAGGAGGCGCGGAGGAAGAGGGGGAAGCGGAGGCGGGCUGGAUCGAGGGGGCGGCUAUUUUGCUGUCGGUGGUGUGUGUGGUGCUGGUGACGGCCUUUAAUGACUGGAGCAAAGAGAAGCAGUUCCGGGGGCUGCAGAGCCGCAUUGAGCAGGAGCAGAAGUUUGCUGUGGUUCGAGGUGGGCAAGUCAUCCAGAUCCCCGUCUCCGAGAUCGUCACCGGGGACAUUGCUCAGAUCAAAUACGGUGACCUGCUGCCAGCGGAUGGGAUUCUAAUUCAGGGAAACGACCUGAAGAUUGACGAAAGCUCCCUGACUGGGGAGUCCGACCACGUCCGCAAGUCAGUCAACAAAGACCCCAUGUUACUGUCCGGUACCCACGUGAUGGAAGGCUCGGGGAGGAUGGUGGUGACGGCGGUUGGUGUGAACUCGCAGACUGGCAUCAUCUUCACGCUGCUGGGGGCGAGCAGCGAGGAGGAGGAGAAGAAAGAGAAGAAAGGCAAAAUGCCGGAUGGAAAUGUGGAGAACAGCCAGGACAAAGCCAAGAAACAGGACAGUGCGGCUGCCAUGGAGAUGCAGCCGCUGAAGAGCGCAGAAGGCGGGGAGAGCGACGAGAAGAGAAAAACAAACACCACCAAAAAAGAGAAGUCUGUGCUCCAGGGCAAGCUCACCAAACUGGCCGUGCAGAUCGGCAAAGCAGGGCUGGUGAUGUCGGCCAUCACGGUGAUUAUCCUGGUGCUCUACUUCUCCAUCGACACCUUUGUGAUCCAGAAGCUGCAGUGGCUCCCGGAGUGCACCCCCGUCUACAUCCAGUUCUUUGUCAAGUUCUUCAUCAUCGGGGUCACCGUGUUGGUGGUAGCCGUGCCAGAGGGGCUGCCGCUGGCCGUCACCAUCUCCCUGGCUUACUCCGUCAAGAAAAUGAUGAAAGACAACAAUCUGGUUCGACACCUGGACGCGUGUGAGACCAUGGGCAAUGCCACCGCCAUCUGCUCGGACAAGACGGGGACAUUGACCACCAACAGGAUGACCGUGGUGCAGGUGUUCAUCGCCGACAACCACCACAAGGAGGUGCCGGAACCUGACGCACUGCCAGCCAAAACCCUGGAGAUCCUCAUCAAUGCUAUAUCCCUCAACUGUGCCUACACCAGCAAGGUCCUGGUACCAGAGAAGGACGGGGGGUUGCCUCGCCAGGUGGGCAAUAAGACGGAGUGCGGGCUGCUGGGCUUCGUGCUGGACCUGAAAAAAGAUUACCAGCCCAUCCGGGACCAGAUGCCAGAGGAGAAGCUGUACAAGGUUUACACCUUCAACUCCACCCGCAAAUCCAUGAGCACUGUCAUCAAGAUGCAGGACGGCAGCUUCCGCAUGUACAGCAAAGGCGCCUCGGAGAUCGUCCUGAAAAAAUGUUCUCGAGUGCUGAACCUGGCCGGUGAGCCCCGCCUGUUCCGACCUCGAGACCGGGAUGAGAUGGUGAAGCAGGUGAUCGAGCCCAUGGCUUGUGACGGGCUGAGGACCAUCUGCAUCGCGUACCGGGACUUCGCCGAGACCCCCGAGCCUGAGUGGGAGGUGGAGAACAACAUCCUGACGGACCUGACCUGCAUUGCGGUGGUCGGCAUCGAGGAUCCUGUCAGACCUGAGGUCCCAGAAGCCAUCAGGAAAUGUCAGCGAGCGGGCAUCACCGUGCGGAUGGUCACCGGUGACAACAUCAACACGGCCAGAGCCAUCGCCAUCAAGUGUGGCAUCAUCCACCCCGGAGAGGACUUCCUGUGCCUCGAGGGCAAGGACUUCAACAGGAGGAUCCGCAAUGAGAAAGGAGAGAUUGAGCAGGAACGAAUCGACAAGAUCUGGCCUAAGCUGCGCGUGCUGGCUCGCUCCUCCCCCACCGACAAGCACACCCUGGUCAAAGGGAUCAUUGACAGUACGGUGCUGGAGAGGAGGCAGGUGGUGGCUGUGACAGGAGAUGGGACCAACGAUGGACCAGCCCUGAAGAAGGCGGACGUUGGGUUUGCCAUGGGCAUCGCUGGGACUGAUGUGGCCAAAGAGGCCUCGGACAUCAUCCUGACCGACGAUAACUUCAGCAGCAUCGUCAAGGCCGUCAUGUGGGGCCGUAACGUGUAUGACAGCAUCUCCAAGUUCCUGCAGUUCCAGCUGACGGUCAAUAUCGUGGCCGUGAUUGUGGCUUUCACCGGAGCCUGUAUCACACAGGAUUCCCCGCUGAAGGCCGUACAGAUGCUGUGGGUAAACCUGAUCAUGGACACCUUUGCCUCUCUGGCUCUGGCCACCGAACCGCCCACCGAGUCUCUGCUGAAGAGGAAACCGUACGGCAGGAACAAGCCCCUGAUCUCCCGCACCAUGAUGAAGAACAUCCUGGGACACGGGGUUUACCAGCUCAUCACCAUCUUCACUCUGCUCUUCGUAGGAGAGUCGCUGUUUCACAUCGACAGCGGCCGGAACGCCCCCCUGCACUCGCCGCCCUCCGAACACUACACCAUCAUCUUCAACACCUUCGUCCUGAUGCAGCUCUUCAACGAGAUCAACGCUCGCAAGAUCCAUGGGGAGAAGAACGUGUUCGAAGGCAUCUUCAGGAACCCCAUCUUCUGCAGCAUUGUCUUCGGCACCUUUGCCAUCCAGAUCGUGAUUGUGCAGUAUGGGGGGAAGCCGUUCAGCUGCACCCCACUGAAGGUGGACCAGUGGUUGUGGUGUGUGUUUCUGGGAGUCGGGGAGCUGCUCUGGGGGCAGGUAAUAAAUGCUAUCCCCAACGCCCGGCUGAAGUUCCUGAAGGAGGCGGGACACGGGACACAGAAAGACGACAUCCCGGAGGAGGAGCUGAACGAGGACGCCGAGGAGAUUGACCACGCGGAGCGCGAGCUGAGACGAGGGCAGAUCCUGUGGUUCCGAGGCCUGAACAGGAUCCAAACUCAGAUCGAAGUAGUGAAUACGUUCAAGAGCGGCACUUCCUUUCAGGGGGCCCUGAGGCGCCAGUCGUCUGUGACCAGCCAAAACCAGGACACGACCACUCUCACUAGCCCCAGCCAGAUCCGGGUUGUGAAGGCUUUCCGCAGUUCCCUGUAUGAAGGACUGGAGAAACCCGAUUCCAAAUCCUCCAUUCACAACUUCAUGACUCACCCGGAGUUCCUGGUUCAGGAUUCCCAGCCACACAUCCCGCUCAUCGACGACACAGACCUGGAGGAGGACUCGGGGCUGAAGCGGCGGCCGAGUGCCCCCUCCUCCCCCAACAGGAACAACAACGCCAUCGACAGCGGCAUCAACCUCACCAUCGACACGAGCAAAUCAGCUACCUCGUCCACCCCCGGCAGCCCCCUGCACAGCCUGGAGACCUCGCUGUAGAGGAGCUCUCCGUCCGUGUGAGAGUGGGUGUCUGUGUGUGAGAGAGUGAGUGAGUGUCUGUGUGUG